UAGGGCCGAGGAGCUUAAGGAAAAUAGGAAGCGUACAUUGGCUUUGUGAAUAAACGAGUAAAUUGGUGUCAGUUAAUUAAGAAAAGCCGAUCCUGUCAGAUAGUAAAGUUCAGAAUCCUAGCAUCAGUUCACCGGAAGGGACCUUAAAGGCCGUCUAGUUUAUCGACCUAAUACUUGAACGUUUGUGAGAACAUCUCCACCACGCGGUGGACGCAUGGAUGCUUCAAAUCUUCCGGUGAACAGUAAAUUUCGGACUGCCCAUUCAUCUUUUUUAUUCAUUCAGGCGCUGUAUGGAAGGCAAAAUGUCGAGAAAAACGAAUGAGGCCUGCUCUGGAGCGGGGAGCCCCACGUGUAGAAAAAUGAGUGUAAUGACGUGUUUGGGGUGCCUAAAUACAGUUGUUCCCUAUAGGAUGCAUUAAGACUAUAAAGAAGGGGCGUGGUUAGUUCUACAUGAAAGAGUCGCAGUCUUUUUAGAGAAGGUGACAGUUGAGGAAAACUUAGAUAUGCUAACAACAGCAAUUAUAAAAAUGAUGUCAUGAUCAGAAAAGAGGCUUAUGUACACAAGAGUGUAAUGGAGGAACUGAAGAGAAUUAUUGAUGACAGUGAAAUUACAAAAGAAGAUGAUGCUUUGUGGCCUCCCCCUGACAGGGUUGGCCGGCAGGAGCUUGAAAUUGUAAUUGGAGAUGAACACAUUUCUUUUACCACAUCAAAAAUAGGUUCUCUUAUUGAUGUUAAUCAGUCAAAGGAUCCUGAAGGUCUUCGAGUAUUUUACUAUUUGGUACAGGACCUGAAAUGUUUAGUUUUUAGUCUUAUUGGAUUACAUUUCAAGAUUAAACCAAUCUAAAUUGUGUGUUUUUUGAAA